GCUCAAGCACAAUCCCAGUGCCCGGAGAGAGAGGGAGACGUAGUGUUUUCGCCUGACCUUACUUUCAUCCUUCCUUCCUUCCUUCCUUCCCUCCCUCCCUCUACACAGACUCCGCUGGAUCGUAGCUAAUACCCAAACCCUCGCCUCCCCAUUGGAAUCCCGGACCGACUGCGCUGUCUCAGUAUGUCUGAUCAAGCCUUUGUAACACUAGCAACCAAUGACCUAUAUGGGAAAGGUGCCUUGGUACUGGGAACAUCAUUGCGAAACCACAAAACUACAAGAAAACUGGUGGUUCUUGUUAGUCCCCAAGUAUCAAACAAUAUGAGGGCUGUGCUGGAACAAAUCUUUGAUGAAGUUAUCUUAGUGGACGUGCUAGACAGCAAGGAUUCAGCGCAUUUGGCCAUGAUUAAGAGGCCAGAACUCGGUGUGACAUUUACAAAGCUCCACUGCUGGGCUCUCACACAUUAUUCCAAGUGUGUAUUCAUGGAUGCAGACACAUUGGUGUUAUGCAACAUCGACGAACUCUUUGAAAGGGAAGAGUUGUCUGCGGCCCCGGACCCUGGUUGGCCAGAUUGUUUCAAUACAGGAGUAUUUGUUUAUCGCCCUUCCAUUGAAACAUACAAUGAACUUUUACAGUAUUCCACAGAGAAGGGCAGCUUCGAUGGCGGGGACCAGGGUUUAUUGAACAGCUUCUUCAGCAACUGGGCAACAGCAGACAUCAAUAAGCACCUGCCUUUCAUUUACAACCUCAGCAGUGUCGCAAUCUAUUCUUACCUUCCUGCUUUCAAACAGUAUGGUGCUGAUUCCAAAGUGGUGCACUUCCUUGGCAAGGUCAAACCUUGGGACUACUCCUACGACCCAACGACAAGAUGUGUGAUACGAGAUAGUGACGAUUAUUCCACCAUUAUUCACCCUGGGUUCCUCAACAUUUGGUGGGACAUCUUCACGACGUCAGUCUUGCCACUGCUUACAGAGCACGGUAUCUCAAAGGAGACUAGUUCUGGCACGCAGGAGCUGUCAUGCUUGGUCUAUGCACUGGCUUUCACUUGUGGCCUGUCAUUCUGUAGGAAGGAGGAUAAGUUCAGUGAGGCUGUCUCCCAGCUUUCAAUCACCCCGCCUGAUGAAGUGGUCUCCUCAGACGAACGCAGGAAGAAGUGGGAACAGGGUCAAGCUGAUUACAUGGGAGUGGAUUCCUUCCAGAACAUCCAAAAGAAGCUAGAUGCUUACUUGAACUAACAGCAGGUGACUGAAAUCCCCACGUGGUUACCAGCGAGGACUGAAUACAGAAGGUCUACAGCAUCUAGGUUGGAGUUCAGUGCAUGGCUGGUUUGUACCUAACCUGUUAGUGGCAUAGUUUGAAAGGGGUGUUGCUAUCAGGCUGUCACCUCAGUGAUGAGCGUCUGUAGUAAGAAUGUGGCAGAGAGACCAGUGAACAUCAUCUUUCAGACGCCUGAAGUAAAUCUCUUCCCAGUAUUCAAUACUUUGCACAUUGACAUACUGCCUACUACUGUAAUGUUCCUCCAGAAGGCUUUUUGCUUAACUUAGUAAAACAGACUUAAUUAAACUUUUGAACUGUGUUAUAGACACUGGGUUUAACAGUGCUCGCAGUAUUUUACAGAUGUUUUAAGUAGCUUCACAUGCAUGAAAGCCAAUAAACUACUGCCUCCCCCGAACACCAGCACCCAUGGCUUUACAAAGGACAUACUGUACUCCUUUUUCCAUUGUGAGAAAAAAAAGUAAUUUCUAUCUUUGAUGGUAAAAGAUAAAACCUAGGGAUUGAAUUUCUGCAAACUGUACAUAACCAGUACCUUAAAACAAUGGUACAUAGAAUUGAAGACUUUUUCAACCUGUUCUGAUAUUCGUGUUGUGAUUAAUCUGCUGACCAUCAAUUUCUAUGUGCCUCAUAGCACUUUACCCAUGAAAUAAACUUAUUGGUUUGAAA